AAAGAUAGAAACAAGUACACUAAUGUCACUAAGUAAGUAGAGCAUGCAGUGCGCAGUUGUGGCAGUAAAGAAAUUUACUUUCUGCUUUUAAGUUUGCUAAUCGUUCUGUGACUUGUGACUGUUAAUUAACAGUUUACUAGGCUAAGUAGUAAGUAGGCUAUAGACUAUACUAUACAGUACUAUACACUUAAAAUAAUUGCUAUAACCGGCGAGGCUCGUGUACAUUUAAAUUCGGUACUUUUUUUUUUUUUUGUGCAGCCUAAAUUUAUUAAGUUCUAUUAUUUUUAUUUGUCUUUUUUUUUAUUAUUGACAAUAUUAUUGAUGAUAUUGAUAUUUUUAAAAAGUCAGUGUCAGACAAUAUUCAGUUUUUUUUUUUUUUUUUUUGUGCAGCCUAAAUUUAUUAAGUUCUAUUAUUAUUAUUUGUCUUUUUUUUUAUUAUUGACAAUAUUAUUGAUGAUAUUGAUAUUUUUAAAAAGUCAGUGUCAGACAAUAUUCAGUAAUACUCAGUACUCAGUGUAUAAAGUAUAAUGUACGUAACGUUGUUAGGUUGAAAUGAGCCAAGUCAUUCGAACUAAUUGGAAAUACUAGGUGUGUUGCGGUUGUGGGGAUGCUAAAUUCGGCAAAAUUAUUUAAGAAUAAGAAAGUAAAUGAGUACCGGUAUGAGUAUGAUAUUCAAUGACAAUGACAUGUAAAUUAUUGGCCUGCUAGUGCUAGUACUAAAAUGCUAGUCAACAGCAAGCAGUCAAUUGGGUUUUAUUAUUUUAAAAAGAUCUGCUCUGUGAGGACUUUCAUUUUUUCAUUGUUUCAACUUUAAACUUAAUUUACUUUUUUGUUUCAUAGAAAAAGAAUCUCCAAUGACAGAGAUAUAGUAUAUAGUGAUAGUGGGUGGAACCAGACCCAGAGGACCAUAUUGACCUUAUAACUUAUAAUAUAAUUAUAAACUCAUGAUGGGUAGAGAACACUCUUGAUUUGUUCCCACUCAUUUUGAGAGAUCAAACAUAUCAGAUUUGAGGUUUAAGCAGGUGUUUCUACGUCCUUUGUUUUAUCAGUAUGCCUUCUCUAAUUUUUUUUUUACUUUCUUCAAGAUCACCCAUCACUGAAGAACUGAUCACAAUAACAUCAAUGCAGGAGAAUAUUUGUGUAUAUAUAGUGAAACCUGUGAAUAGCAAACUAUGAAAUUAUGCUGGAACUGUCAAAUGCAUAACUCAUGACCAGCUUGGACUGAUUUUUAAAGAUAAACACCCAGAUAUAGGGCAAAUCCUGUCAAAUUGAAAAUGUGUCAAUAUUUCUUCGAGAAAAAAAUCGUAUUUUCCCAUUUCGAAUAGAAAAUGCCAUGCCGCAGUAAAUCAAGCAAGUGUUUGACAUAGAUCUUUUGCUUCGCUAAUCAGUGUAACAUUGUGCCAUGUGUUUCUAAAAGCAGGAUAAAAUAAUGUGUUGAUAGAAGUUUUUCUAUAAGACUGAGGGUUGUGAAUGAAAUGUGGGUUUCUUGUGUAAGUGUAAAUUUUGCCAACACAUAGUGAAAGCAAAGCAAUCAAAGUGGCUGUACAUAACAGAAUUUCCAAAUAAUUUACAUGUAAAUUUUUAAUGUAAAUGGACUGCAUGUAUAAUGUUUAAGCACAAUAAAAUCUUGCGUAGUUUCAGAAUUAUUCUGUGGUUAUUACAUAGACCUAUAUGUAACUAUAUGAACUUUCUGUUUUGCUUAUCAUUCCAUGUGCAAAUGUUUUCUUUCAAAUUAUUUUGGAUGAUCAUUAUUCCAGCUAAAUCUGCAUAUAGCACCAUCCCAGCUAAAAGGACCAUUUUUUGUUUGGUCCCAGGGGUUUGUGUUUUUCAUAGGUUUCACUGUGUCUGUAUAUAGCUUUAUCGUCAUGUUUGUUAUAAUCCUACCAUUUUUAUCAUUUGUAUAUGUUAACAACGACUCCAGUAAUUUAAAAAUUAUUUUUUGAAUAGAAAUGCAAGAACCAGUUUUCAGUUCUGAGAAACAAGACAAGGAAUGGAGUCGACCGAAUCCCAUUAAUACUAUCAGUGCGCACACUCUUGGUCGGAUCUCAGAGGUUAUGAUACUUGACAGUCAGUGUGGCCUGUUGGUACUUAAGAGGUGUAUCCUUUAAUAAAUUAAAUGCUACUGGUAUAUCACUGUUAGGGUAGAUUUAUUCACUUUAUUUUGACAUGAAGAUUAGCAACAAAAAAGACCCCAACAAGUAGAUGCCAUAAAAUGAUAAGCCUAUGACAUUAUUUGUAAUUAAAAGAAAGCAGCUGGAUUUUUACGAAGAAAUUUCUUACAUCAUUACCCAGCUUUGCACAACAUACCUCACAGAAAGGCCCAUCAAGUUUUUUCCAAGCACAUCAAGUUGUUAGGCCAGAAAUAUCUAAAUCCUUAUUUUGUAAGUAGCACUAAUUCCAUGUUUGAGGUUGCCUCAUCUUUCAAACAUUUAUUUAAUUUACUCUGGCCAUUUAUUCAAAUAUUAUUUUUGUGUGACCUUCUGAAGUACCGUAACUUAGGAAGUUUUAAUUGUAUUCAAUGUUUCCUCAAACUUUCCUGUGGUUAUAAUGUAAUACAUUUUGUGUGCAUAUGCCACAUUUAAAAAAUAAUGCUUAUUUUUAACUAGUACACAGUGCAAUAUACAAGGCGGAAUUAACCUAUUUGAAGUUAUUCCUUAAAAUUAAGAUUUUGUAAAAUAGUAUGAAAUUAAUAAGAGUGCUUUUGAUAGUUGUAAAUUAAAUAUUGACUGAAUAAGCUGAUCAAAUUAUUUUCAUUUAUGUUAAAAACUUCAAAUUUAAAGAAUAAAUGAUUUAAUUAACAAUACAAAAUAUUUGUUAACAUUCUUUAGAUAUUUUUUUAAAACUCUUAUGCUCCUUAGCGAGAUGAGGGAAUAGACUUUUUUUACCUGAGUAAGAAUGACAUUUUCCUGGUUGCUGCACAUCCAUCUCCAGGAACAGACGUCCCCAUCUCCAUUGUGGUUUACCUGGAUUUUCUUCAAAGGUCAACAGCAAUACAAAUUUUAGCAAUCUGCUUAUAAAUAAUUUAAAUAUAGAAAUCGAAACUAAUGCAAAUAGUUAAAUUUUAUCAUUUAAAUAAUAAUUAAAUUUUUCUGAAACCUUCCCUUUAUAUAUCUUAAAAUGGGAAAAGCAUAAAUAAGUAAACACUGACAACCCCAUAAACAAUUACAACCAAAACAAUAGCAAAUGCUUCACUGUGCCUCGGUGUAACACAGUGCAGUAUAAACAAUCAUUCUUCCCAGCACAAUAAUUACUUGGAACCACCUGGACAAUGUCGCUGUAGACUCAACAUCGGUCGAAAGCUUCAAGGCUGCCCUGGCAUCUGCUAGGAGCUGUUAGAAUAGCAACAUCGCUUCCCCAACCGACGCACAGAUGCCAGUAUAUGUAUGCAGCAACGAACGCUACCAGAACCAGAGAACAGCUUCUCUUACCCUGGCAACACAUUGUCGCAAAGUGUAACCAUCGAUGACGAGGUUAACCUUCAUAUUGCAAGAGCUAAUGCAACCUAGGGCAAAUUGUCUUAAAAAUGAAUUGACCAGGAGAAGUAUCGGCAAUCAAACUAAAAUAAAAUUCUACAAGGCAGCUGUGCUCCCUACGCUUCUCUAUGCAUGGGAAACAUGGCCAGUAUAUCGACGCCAUGCAAGAAAGCUGAACCACUUUCACACAACAAGCCUCCGGAAAAUCCUGAACAUCAAAUGGCAGGAAAAGUUGUCCUAGACAUAAAGAUACUCACACAGGCAAGUUUCCCCAGCAUCUAGACUAACUUAAUGCAGUCCAUGUUUUGAGAAUAUCAGACGACCGUUUGCCCGAAAGAAUAUUUUAUGGCAAACUUGAGCAUGGAAGGUGGUUCGCUGGUGUUUUAAAGACACCCUAAAAGCCUCAUGGAAAGCGUUUGAUAUAAAUCCAGACAAGUGGGAAGAAUCAGCAAAGAGUCAAGUAUCGUGGCGGUCCUCCUUUUGCAAAGGCUCCAUGAAACAUGAAGCAGACAGAUCAGCUGCUGAUGUCCCAUCAAUCCCCUGCACCUACUGCACAAUAACUUUUUGUGCCAUCAUCAGUCUCAUCUUCCAUCUGCGCACUCACAGACAGAAACAACAGCCCCAAUAUGAAACCGAUGAUUUAAAUGGUCUUGAUCUAUCUCGACGGACGAAAACAAUUUUUGUCCCCUUUUUAACUUUCCUUGAAAGAUGCACCCCUUUAUUUUAGAUACUGGCUCCCUGAUCUUUACACAUCUGGCCUAAUUUUUACAAAUCAUUAAAAAUAGAAUAACACAUCUUAUGGGAGACAUAUUACAAAUCACUAGUGUAGGAAGAGGGAGGGGUAAUAGAGAACAAAUGAUGGUAUUUUUUGUCUGUAUGGUAAGACAUAGUCAGCUAUCACAUUUUAUGAGGCCAAACAAAAACCAAACACAAGUGACUGUUGGAAAUAUCUAAGUUCUAUUUCUACCUGUUAUCAGUGGAAUCAAAGGGAAGAGCUGUAGGUAUUGUAGGCCGAGGCUCCAACUUCAAAGUCUAUGUGCAAUUCCCCCUCCAAUGUUUUAUCCCAUUUUUCUUGCUCUGCAGAUUAUAUGAGAUUCUCAAGGACUGUAUAGGCACAGUUAAUGAACCUUAUGUUACAGUCAAUAAGAUGCUGCUCUUUGAGAUUUUAGAUGAAAUCAUGGUAGGUUUUUAAAAAACUGUUUUUAUAUUAAUUAAAGUGUAAGAAAGUAUAUCAGCAAUAUCUCUUAGAACUGUUAUCCAAGAUGAUGUAAGAAAGUAUAUCAACCAGAUAUCUUAGAACUCUGUUAUCCAAGUUGAUGUAAGAAAGUAUGUCAACCAGAUCUCUUAGAAAUCUGUUAUCCAAGUUGAUGUAAGAAAGUGUAUCAACCAGAUCUCUUAGAACUCUGUUAUCCAAGUUGAUGUAAGAAAGUGCAUCAACCAGAUCUCUCAGAGCUCGGUUAUCCAAGUUGAUGUAAGAAAGUCUAUCACCCAGAUCUCUUAGAACUCGGUUCCAAGUUGAAGCAAUGUCGGGGCAUUGGUUGUUGUUGUAUCAGUGUGAAACUUUUCAACUUGAUUAGUUCGCUUUGAAAACUAUUUUUCUUUAUUUUAGAUGAGUUGAAACAUGAGGGGGCUACACUGAAAUCCUCACGUCACACAGAGUCUUGGUCUUACUGAUUUAAUGUGACAAAUGGGGCAGGCGGUAGAACAUUUUAUGUUUAUUUUAAAUACUUUGUCUUCUUCAUUAAGUUCAGGGGUGGCUAAACUAGGAUCAUGGAUCCCUUUGGGGUUCUUCAUUAAGUUCAGGGGUGGCUAAACUAGGAUCAUGGAUCCCUUUGGGGUUCUUUAAAUAUCAAUUCAAGUGGUUGUUUUUAAAAACAUUUAUGGUGUUUGGAACAUUCUUUUGAUUGUGCCUAAUAUGGAACAAGGAACAAAUAACCUGUCUUUGAUAAGUUACUAAGCCGAUAGUUCAUUUGUCUAGACCUUAUAACACCAGAUAUGGAACAAGGAACAAAUAACCUGUCUUUGAUAAAGCUACUAAGCUGAUAGUUCAUUUGUCUAGACCUUAUAAUACCAGAUAUGGAACAAGGAACAAAUAACCUGUCUUUGAUAAAGCUACUAAGCUGAUAGCUCAUUUGUCUAGAUCUUAUAACACCAGGUAUGGAACCCAAGGCAACUUCAGUUAUUUCUUACAAGACCAUGCACACACUUUGAAUGUUAUAAACAAGACUUUCAAUAUUUUCUUCUACAGAAUUUUGGCUAUGGGUUUAUAUCAUCUUACAAUGAAAUCAGGCCACAUUUAACAUUUGAACCAAUCAGGCCAAAAAUACCACAGCAGGAUGAUUUAGCAUCAAGAUUUGUAAGUUUGUGACUCCAGGACUAAAUUAGAAAUGCCAAGUCAUGGUCAUCUGUUGGGUUCAUUGUUUAUCAAUUGAGCUAAUUCAACUAACACUGAAAGGUUAAACAAAUAUGGCUUAUAAUUGGAUUUGUAUAUUACUUAAAAAAUCCAAUGAAAAAUUAAAAUUUUAUUAUUGACGUUUAAAAUAUUUUCAGUUUGGGAUAAAUAUUGCUGAUGGAGCAAGAUUGCAUGCAGGAUCUUCAGAGGUAAAUCCCACACUCUUGUAGUGCUGCCUUCUUUUAACCAUUUAAAAAAAAAUUAAAAAUUGCACUUUAUUCUUGAUCAAAAGGAGACUUCCUCUAGCUAGCUAUUGUUAUUGUUCAACUCAUUACCGGAUGCCAGUCUAAUGAUUGAUCCCAGUCUAAUGAUUGAUCCCAGUCUAAUGAUUGAUCCCGGUCUAAUGAUUGAUCACAGUCUAAUGAUUGAUCACAGUCUAAUGAUUGAUCCCAGUCUAAUGAUUGAUCCCAGUCUAAUGAUUGAUCAUCACAUUACUUGUCUUUCUCACUCCACAGCCCAAAUCCAAGGCCCCUAACUCUGCCUACAUCAAUAUAGUGGAAGGUUUAUCUGCUGUGUUUGGUCCUAAUGUAAGAGUCAUAGACUUAGAUAGUUAAGAUAGAUACUAAUUUACUCUGUUCAACUUAACUUGACUAAUCCUUUACUUCCUUGAUUCAUUUAUGGUGCAGCUUUUGCUAGUUAACCUGUGUUUAAAGCUAUUUAUCAUUUUUUUAAGAACUGCCAGUGUUAUAUUUUGGUUUUCAUUUCCCAAAGGGUGACGUCCGCAGCUCAGAAUUAUGGGGAAAGCUCACCCUGAUCAGCACGUUAGAACGUCCGGCACCUCUCUUGAUACAGCUUAACCCUGAGCUGGUUAUACUGAAUUCAGGAUUUACUGAUGUUAGAGGUAAGUUGGUCCUGGUGGUUUUUCAACUUCUUAAAAAAAUGUCUUCUGUCUUUACACAACAUUUUACAUGUGUACUGUGGCAGCCAUUGUCAAGGUGAAGAGAACCACUGUUGCCAGAAUGAUUUGAAGUGGUCUGGAUAUCAUCAACAGAUUCUUUCUACUGAUGUUCAACUGAUCUGUCCACUCAUUUACUUUUGCAUGUAUGGUGGUGGCCUUUUACAAGCUUUGUACCGUGAUUAUAACAAGUUUAUUUAAACAUCAUUCUUAUUUUAUCAUUUAAAUAAUAUUUACAUUUUUCUGAAACCUUCCCUUUAUAUGACUUAAAAUGGGAAAAGCAUAAAUGAGUAAACACUGACAACCCCAAAAACACAAACCCCUGGGACCAUAAACAAAAAAACUACCUUGACUGAUUCCCCUCCUCUGACCGAUAAACGAUCUUGCUGGCUGCCGUCCAUGGUUUGCCUUGUAAAAGUUAUGUGUUGGGGUGGGUGAAUAUACAUUUUUUUUUUUUUUUUGCUGUUCUUUAUUUCAUAAAUGUAUUUUUUUUUAAUGUCAUGAUUAUGUCUCUUUUGAUAAAAUUUUUAUGUACAACGCGGUGAGCCCAGCCCUAGGCUGGGGUACCGCGCUAUAAAAGACCCCUUAUUCGAUAAACGAUCUUGCUGGCUGCCGUCCAUGGUUUGCCUUGUAAAAGUUAUGUGUUGGGGUGGGUGAAUAUACAUUUUUUUUUUUUUUUGCUGUUCUUUAUUUCAUAAAUGUAUUUUAUUUUAAUGUCAUGAUUAUGUCUCUUUUGAUAAAAUUUUUAUGUACAACGCGGUGAGCCCAGCCCUAGGCUGGGGUACCGCGCUAUAAAAGACCCCUUAUUAUAUUAUUAUUAUUAUUAUUUAAAUGUUGAAUUGGUAUAAACCAGCUUAUAAUCAAAGUCUAGUAAUCUGUUUUUAUAUUAAUAAGUUACAAAAACAUAUAAUUGUAUUAAUUUUUAACAAAUUAAUUAUUUCAUUUAUUCUUCACAUUAUUAAUGGUCAUCUAAUUAUCUUAGAUUUUUUAUCUUUAAAUUUAAAACUUAAUGAAAAUUCUGAUGUGAAUCCCUAAAAUGUGUACUCUGAUAAAGCAAAUGUUUGUUUGUAAUCCUAGUUGCUGGAGCCAUACACAUAGAGAAUCCCAGCUUCCAUUCUUGUGUGGAUUCAUCUCAACUGAGUAAGAGAAAAGCUCUCCGCGUGCUCCCACCGCCAGAUCAGGUGUUAUCUUCAUGUAGUUCUAUUUAAAGCCUCUUAGGACUUGUAUGACCUUUUAAGGAUUCAUAGCAGCCAUGCACUUGGCAUUAUUUCAUUGUAAAAUCAGCAACUGAUGAUGUUUUAAGGAUUCAUAGCAGCCAUGCACUUGGCAUUAUUUCAUUGUAAAAUCAGCAAUUGAUGAUGUUUUAAGGAUUCAUAGCAGCCAUGCACUUGGCAUUAUUUCAUUGUAAAAUCAGCAAUUGAUGAUGUUUUAAGGAUUCAUAGCAGCCAUGCACUUGGCAUUAUUUCAUUGUAAAAUCAGCAACUGAUGAUGUUUUAAGGAUUCAUAGCAGCCAUGCACUUGGCAUUAUUUCAUUGUAAAAUCAGCAAUUGAUGAUGUUUUAAGGAUUCAUAGCAGCCAUGCACUUGGCAUUAUUUCAUUGUAAAUUCAGCAACGGAUAGACUUUUAAUUUUCGCGAUGUAUUUCAGAUGCAUAGAAAAGUUUUAAAACUAUUUUGUGAUUAUUCUAAAUUUGCAACAGACCCGCCUGAUGGUGUACACCUUGUCCGACUCAGCCUGCAUUCACCUCCCGAUCAUUGUCAUUCCUCUGCUGGCAGCUGUUGAGGGAAGCAGGUACGACUUUGUCAUAUAGAUACGUCAAUUCUCUUACUUUUAUAAUUUAUUUACUUACGUCACUGUAGGCCCAUUAGAAAGAUAUAUCCCGAGGCUUUUGAAUAAAUUAAAAACUUGAAAUAUUUUUAGUUUGCACACCUUAUUGGGUUUUAAGUCAUGUAUGUCUGUCAAUAGAUCAGUUGAGCUUUCAUAAAACUUACCUCUUACGCCUACUUUACCAAAGCCAUUUCAAUGUUGUUUCUAAACAUUAGGCUAUAUUUUUUCAGAGACUACAAAUUUUCUUUACGCCUCAUAAAUCAAGCUGAGAAUUUUGCAACAGCAUCAUAUGUACGUGUCAAGGUCAAACUUCCUUUGUGGGUGUCCAGGUAAUUCGUUGACCAGUAUAUAAGCUGCUUUCAUUUUCCUCCCUAAAUCAGCCCUCUAACUGUCGACAUCUUUGAAUUGACUCUUCUGAAAUAGAUUUAGUUAAAAUGUCACAUUCCAGGUUGAGAAUGGUCCCAUCUUUUCAUUUUAAGCCUAACCCUAUCUUGUUCCACUAUUUCCUUCACACGGCUUGAAAACAGUCCCUCAAAUAUUAUCCUUGAAAUUUAAUAGAAAUGAACGGUAAGUGUUGGGCUAAGUUAUUAGUUUUUUAAUCAAUUUUUUAAAUGCUUCCCUAAAAGAAACCAGAAAGGCAUCUCCUGAAUUUGCAGUGUUUUUAUUAACUUAGCCCAAUGUCUUUAUGGACAUAGACCAGUGUCUUUAUGGACAUAGACCAGUGUCUUUAUGGACAUAGACCAGUGUCUUUAUGGACAUAGACCAGUGUCUUUAUGGACAUAGACCAGUGUCUUUAUGGACAUAGACCAGUGUCUUUAUGGACAUAGACCAGUGUCUUUAUGGACAUAGACCAGUGUCUUUAUGGACAUAGACCAGUGUCUUUAUGGACAUAGACCAGUGUCUUUAUGGACAUAGACCAGUGUCUUUAUGGACAUAGACCAGUGUCUUUAUGGACAUAGACCAGUGUCUUUAUGGACAUAGACCAGUGUCUUUAUGGACAUAGACCAGUGUCUUUAUGGACUUAGUCCAAAUGUCCAAUGUCUUUAUGACCUUAGCCCAAUGUCUUUAUGGUCUUAGCCCAAUGUCUUUAUGGACAUAGACCAGUGUCUUUAUGGACUUGUUCCAAAUGUCCUAUGUCUGUAUGGGCAUAGACCAGCAUCUUUGUGGCCUUAGCCCAAAGUCUUUAUGGCCUUAGCCGUGUGGUUAGAGAUGGUCAGAUAACUUCAUUGAGAGGGAAAAAGCAGCAAUUAACCACAUCAUAUCCCCAUUCACUUGAGCCAAUAAAUAUCAUGUGGUCUUGGUUAACAUGUAACGUUUUCCUAUUCAGUGUUUCUACAACCAAGUCUGGAGAGCGCCAAACAAGUGUAUUCGACAGCGUUGAGAAGACGGCCGAGUGGGAGAUUAAACGAUCACCAGGAGGAUCAGAGGAGAUUAUCAUUUUCAGGGUAAACCCCAUUUUCAGUUUAAUCAUUUUUAACACCAUUUGGCCACUACCGGCUUUGCCUUAGGUUGGAAUAAUUUCUUGAGUGACCACAUACUAUGACCUUUCACACAAAAUCUCAAUCUUAUUUUCUUUAAUGGCUUUUAUUUCUCUCAGUCCAUUGAAGUAGUCAAAUUUGGUCAAUAGUCAAAUGUAUCAGAUAUUUUCAUGUAACUAAUAGCAGUUUCAAACUGAACUAUGUAGACCACAGCAAGUAUAACCAUAAAUAAUUAAAUAUCAUGUUUUUGUCUUCUUCAGCUCAUCAAUCAGACAGACAAACCAAUUGAACUUUCCAACAUAGGUCCAAUCUCCAUUGCCUUUAACAUGACCCACUUUUCUGCAUCUGGACUAGUUGUCAAAAUGGCUAGGGUUGAAGGUCAGCCAACUGACCCAAUGAGUCUACCUCCUGAAUGUUUCUUUGGCGUUUCCACAAAAGCGGCCUCUUACACCAUCAGGACUGAUUUGCAAAAAGAUGCGACUUCGCCCACAUGAUGAUAUCUGAGCAAAGUGAAAUGUUUAACAUGACAUUUGAAUAUAGCACUGAAAGAACUGCAUAUAUUGCCUGAAUGUUUCAUAUUACAUGUGGUGUCACUCCAAUGACACUUAAUGUAACAGUCAUCCAGACAUCUGGGCAAAGUGAAAUGUUUAACAUGACAUUUGAAGGUAGCACUGAAAGAACUGCAUAUAUUGCCAGAUUGUUUCAUCUUACAUGUGGUGUCACUCCAAUGACACCUAUUCUAACAGUCAUCCUGACAUGAUGGUGGAAAAAGCAUGUAGGAAUUGUCACUAAUUUUUGAAAUGAUAUGGCAUCCCCUUUGUGACCUCUAAGUGAUGUUUCAAUCACAAAAAUGACUGUUUCAUCUACAAAUAUACAUUUGACAAAUAUCUACAAUAAAUUCUGACUAUGGCACCAGUGCAAUGUGACAGCUACCCAGGAUAUUGCUCAUAGAUUCUCAAGAAACUGGUCUUUAACUUGUAUUAAUUGCUUUAUUUCUUCAAGUAAAUGUGUGAGGAUUCUGAUAGUACUAGAAACAACCCACCAAGUGAUGGCAAUGCGCGAACUUCACAUCUACUUAAGUUACUUGACAAAAUAUGCAUUCAAGUAACACACUUGAUAAGAAUCCCAAUUAGUGCAGACAUCUAGAAAUGUUAAUUUGUUUGCCUUUUGAACACAGCGUUACAGCCAUACCUAAAGAAGUAUUAUUUGUGACAAUAUAUCCAAUUGGUCUGUAUGAAACAACAGAUUUGUGUUGCUACAGUGGCACAUUUACACAUCAAUUUAUUACUGUCUUACUUACUACAGAAAUUAUCCAAUUAUGUCACAGCGGAUCAUAUCCAAUGUAACUAUUUUGAUGAGUGUAUUUUCAUGAUAAAAUUUUUCAUGGUAAAGGUAGUACUGGAGUUGUGGUGAUAAUAUUCAAGACUGAAAUAAUUGUAAAUUGCAAGAAUUAAGAUUUAAGUUUAUGUUUUGCUAUUUAAUCACUAAGACAGUUAUGUGACAUCAUACUUGUGUCCAGAAAGUUAUAUGAGCUCAUACUUAUGUCCAGCAAGUUAUGUGAGCUCAUACUUGUGUCCAGCAAGUUAUGUGAGCUCAUACUUGUGUCCAGCAAGUUAUGUGAGCUCAUACUUGUGUCCAGCAAUUUAUAUGAGAUCAUACUUGUGUCCAGCAAGUUAUGUGAGCUCAUACUUGUGUCCAGCAAGUUAUGUGAGAUCAUACUUGUGUCCAGCAAGUUAUGUGAGAUCAUACUUCUGUCCGGCAGGUUACGUGAGAUCAUACUUCUGUCUGGCAGGUUACGUGAGAUCAUACUUGUGUCCGGCAGGUUAAGUGAGAUCAUACUUGUGUCCAGCAAGUUAUGUGAGACAUACUACUGCCCAGCAGACACACAAAAAUCCAUGGUGGUAUAAGUGGGAUAAAAUGACAUAAAAGCCAUACAUAGUGGAGUAACAAUUAUACAAUAACAUUUCCUAACCACAAUGACUAAAAAAGUUGAGAGAAUACGGAUACCGGUAUAUUCAUCCUUAAAUUCAUGCAUGAUUUUAUUUUUCAAUUUCAAGG